AUGGAGAGGUUAACGAAUGAAGAAAAUCAAAUAGAUCUUGACGAUGGUCUAGUUGAAGUGCUGAAAAUUGAGCUGGCAUUAAUUUGGGCAAACGUCCUGCUUUCUUAUUCCGAUUUGGAGCAGUUUGAAGAUGUAAUGACUUUGCAAAGAGAACAGGUUAAAGCUGUGUUUCAAUCAAUUUUGGUUGAUGUUGACAACAAAUACAACCUGCCUCAUGUCCUUGGUAGCCUCAUGGAUAAUAUAGAUGAUUGUAUCAGCUCAUGUCCUCGUUCUACAUCCAUGACUGAGGAGGAGUUGGACUUCCUCCUCCUGAAUCUACAUUAUCUAUCCAAGUAUGCUGGGAUGAUACUUCCAUAUAACGCUCAGCUUGUGAUGCUUCAGAAUGUGUGUGGUAAUAUGAAAGAUUUCCAUGGAAUGAUAGUGAAUGGUUGCAUUGAAAAAGAUAUUGUAAAAUAUGUCUUACCUCAGUUUCAAUUCAUGGCUGAGAGGGUCGGACUCUUUCUUUGGGAGUUUCAUAGAAAGCUUGGACUCUCCCGGCUAGAUGAGGAUGAUCAGACUGAUGAAUACUCUCAACUAAGCAAGUUAGCACAUCUAUUCUUGCAGAUUGUUCCAAUUGAAUUGGAGGUUAUGCACAUAUGUUACACAAAUUUGAAAUCUUCGACUUCAAUAGAAGUUGGACAAUUCAUUAAACAACUCCUGGAAUCCUUUCCAGAUAUUCUUAGAGAAUAUCUUAUUCAUCUACAAGAGCGAAUGGUAACUGUAAUCAACCCAAGCAUUUCAGGAGCUCGAAACAUUCACAUCAUGAUGGAGUUUCUGUUGAUUAUUCUUACUGACAUGCCUACCGACUUGAUUCAUCCUGACACAAUUUUUGAUCUCUUGGCACGUGUUGGAGCACUUACCAGGGAGGUAUCAACUCUUGUUUGGGACUUAGAAGACAAAUCAAUGAACAAAGAGAGUACCAAUGAAACAACUCUUGUCCGUGGCUUAGAAGAGAAAUCAAUGAAGAAAGAGAGUACCAAUGAAUCAAAUCGUACAACACUAGACUUGCUAAAAGAUAUUGAACUCCUGAAGGGAGAUCUGAGGCACGUUUACUUGAAAUCUCCCGACUCAUCUCAAAUUUGCUUCCCCAUGAGUGAUGGACCUCUCUUCAUGCAUCUUCUACUUAUACACUUAAAAGAUUUGCUGGAUUCCAAUGCUUAUUCAAUUGCUUUGAUCAAGGAAGAAGUUGGGUUGGUGAAAGAACAUCUGGAAUUCAUAAGAUCUUUUUUCGCGAAUAAUGAGGAAGAAUUGUAUAAAGAUCUCUGGGCACGUGUUUUAAAUGUAGCAUAUGAGGCAAAAGAUAUCAUUGAUUCACUUCUUGUUCGAGACAAUGGUCUCUUACAUCUUAUUUUCUCACUUCCCAUCACCAUAAAUAAGAUCAAGCUUAUCAAAGAAGACAUCUCCAAUUUACCUGAGAAAAUUCCCAAGAACAAAGGGCUCAUUGCUGUAAACUCUCCCAAGAAGCCAGUUGAAAGUAAGUCAUUGACAACUGGUAAAAUAAUUGUAGGUUUUGAGGAGGAGACAAACUGGAUAAUUAGAAAGCUCUUUGGUGGACCGGCAGAUCUAGAUGUCAUUUCGAUCACUGGUAUGCCGGGUUCAGGUAAAACUACUUUGGCGUACAAAGUAUACAGUGAUAAAUCAGUUUCUAGUCAUUUUGACCUUUGUGCAUGGUGCACAGUCGACCAAGAACAUGACGAGAAGAAGUUGUUGGGUACAAUUUUUAAUCAAGUUAGUGAUUCAGAUUCAAAAUUGAGUGAGAAUAUUGAUGUUGCUGAUGAGCUACGUAAACAACUGUAUGGAAAGAGGUAUCUUAUUGUCUUAGAUGACUUAUGGGAUACCGCAACAUGGGAUGAGUUAACAAGACCUUUUCCUAGAGUUAAGAAAGGAAGUAGAAUUAUUUUGACAACUCGAGAAAAAGAAGUGGCUUUGCAUGGAAACACUGCUCCUCUUAACCUUCGAUUGCUACUAUCAGAAGAAAGUUGGGAAUUGUUGAAGAAAAGAGCAUUUGGAAUAGAGAGUUGCCCUGAUGACCUAUUGGAUGUUGGUAAAGAAAUAGCCGAAAAUUGUAAAGGGCUUCCUUUGGUGGCUGAUCUGAUUGCUGGGGUCAUUGCAGGUUUGGAAAAGAAAAAGACAGUGUGGCUUGAAGUUCGAAAUAAUUUGAGUUCCUUUAUUUUGAACAGUAAAAUGGAAGUGAUGAAGGUUAUAGAAUUAAGUUAUGACCAUUUGCCACAUCACCUCAAGCCGUGUUUGUUUUACCUUGCAAGUAAUCCGAAGGACACUGCAAUGGAAAUCUCUUUUUUGAAACAUUUUUGGCUUGCUGAAGGACUUGUGGAACAGACAGAGAUGAAGAGUGUGGAAGAAGUUAUGAAGGUUUAUUUGGAUAAGUUAAUUUCCAGUAGCUUGGUAAUUUCUUUCAAUGAGAUAGGUGAGAACCCGACUUUCCAACUUCAUGAUCUUGUGCAUGACUUUUGUUUGAUAAAAGCAAGGAAGGAAAAUUUCUUUGAAUGGGUAAGUUUACGUACACUAUCUUCUUCUUCUUCUUCUUCUUCUUCAGAUUUGAUGCCACGUAUGUUGACCAUUGAUAAUAACAUCGAGUUUUUUGCGCUUAACAACUUUGUCCUAUUUGAUUUAAAUAAGAAAAGCCAUUCUGGUAAACACCUGUAUUCUUUGAGGAUAGUUGGAGAAAAGCUGGACAGCCUUGUUUAUGAUACAUGUCACCUAAGGCACUUGAAGCAUCUUACAGUGUUGCACCUGGAUCCCACUUUUGUCGUGGUGAAUGAUUUUUUGCUGAAUGAAAUAUGCAUGUUGAAUCAUUUGAGGUUCUUAUUAAUGAGGAUAUAA